AUGUUGGAGAAUGUUGGCCCAAGAUGGCUAUCAACGAAUUUGGCUGCGCUAUAUUGGCGUGUGAAAGGAAACCCAAAGCAGGCAGCAUUUUGCCUGAUUGAGGCACUUCUGGAACCCAAUGCAUAUACUGACAUCGCUUUCGUCCAGCUGGCACAGGUUGUCCUCAAAGUUACCGGUCAAAGAGGAGAUCCUUCAAAACUAUUGCAUUUGGCGAGCAAUGCAGAUCCUCAGGGGCCGCUCGUCUACUGGCUUCGUGCCCGUCUUGCUCUCUUGUCGAGUGAUGUCGAUGAGGCGCUAAAGUUUCUCAAGUUAUUUCUAGACAGAGACCCGUUCAAUAUGGUCGUCGCCGAGGAUUUGCUGAAAGUCGCUUGCAGCGGCAAGUCAUCAAAGCUGGUUAUCUCGUCGCGUUUUCCAACAGUUUGCUGCUCACCUGUAGUGCAGAACGCUGUGUGUUUCAAGACGGAACACAAGCGCGGUGAGCAAUGUUAUGUAGUAGACACAGAAAGCGGCUCUGGCCGAUUGAUCUACAAUCGUUGCAAUGGGGUCUACACUGGAGCCAGUUAUCCAACAGCACCGUACGUAAAUAUAGUUUCGCCUUUCUUGCCGAUCUAUAGCACAGUUUCGAAGCGCGACGGGCCGCCGUUUACUGAAGACGAGAGCAGCGUCCAGACAAUCGACACUGAGGAGUUACCCCUCGAUUAUGGCGGCUCAGCAGCUUUCUUCGCCCCAAGGCCAGUAGAAUGGUGGACCUGUGCCAAGAACGAAAUGCGAUACGUAAUAGCGAGUGGAGAAAGUGACAUCGAUUCCUGGGAGGAGGAUGUAGAGAGUGAAUUAGCCGAAGCGCCACCGAAACCGCUGUCAUUCCUAUAAAUCAAGGACCGCAGAGAGAUGCUGUGCUACGAUGCCAAACUUCCAGAUAAAGAUCUCUAUUUCAAGCAGCAAGUAUUUUUUCGAUGUUAUAGACGCUACAUUUUUUCGCCCUUUUCCAUCAUUUUUCCUUUUGUAUUCAGUCAAUUGUUGCAUUUGUUUUUUUGAAAAAGCUUCAUUCACGCGAAGUUACCG